AUGAUGUCAGUUGGACAGAAUGAGAAACCAGUAGAAACUUCCAUUAGAAAUAAAUUAUCUGAAAUAUUUAAGCCAUCCUAUUUAGAAGUUAAUAAUGAAAGUUAUAUGCAUAGUGUGCCAAAGGGGUCUGAAACUCAUUUUAAGGUAGUGGUAGUGUCUGACAAAUUUGAAAAUCUUCCUUUAAUUAAGAGGCACAGGUUAGUAAAUGAAACAUUAAAAGAAGAAUUAGAUUCUGGAGUUCAUGCCUUAUCAAUGGUGACUAAAACAUUAAAACAGUGGGAAGAUUCUGGACAGAAAGUUGGAAAAUCCCCACCUUGUAUGGGAGGUGCUGGCUUAUAG